AAUCCCCGUAGUGUGUGUAACGGCCGCCGUUGCCGGUGCGAUUUUCCGUCCGUUGCCGAGUGAAAACGAAAAUUCGUUUUGAAACCAAAAUAAUAUUAUAAUAUUAUAGUCCGCACACCGUACCGUAUCAGUGCCGGACGCGAGUUCGUACGUCGAAAUAAAAUAAUAUUCGCGUGGCCCGUAUCGAUAAAUAUAUUAUUCCGUGUUAUUUUAUUUUAAUUUCUCGUCUGUUUGUUUUUUUAAACGAAUUUAUUUAUCAUGUGAUUUUUCAUCAUCGUUUAUUAUUAUUAUCGUUAUUAUCAUUUGGGCAUGACGGAUUUUCCGAUGAAAGUUGUACGUCCGGACUAAAAAAAUAAAUAAAUAAGGAUCAUACGACAUGUGUACAGUGACUGCCGGAUUUCUACAGUUAAGCGCUCUGUGCUUUUGGAUAAUCGCUAUAGCCAAUUCCCAAGGCAAACUGGCGACGUACACGCAGAGGCCGCCACCGUCUUCGACGCCGCCGUCGGUCGCGCGACAGACCGACCGCACGUCCUCCACCCCCGGAAACGGCACCGACCAGCUGUAUCCGUUUUUCGAUUACUACGUGCCACGCAACAUCACGACCACGAUUGGACAGAGCGCGUUUCUCCACUGCCGGACGGAAAACUUGAACGACAAAUCGGUAUCGUGGAUGCGGAAGAGAGACUUGCACAUACUGACGGCAGGAGUGCUGACUUACACCAGUGACCAGAGAUUCCAAGUCAUCCACCCGGAUAACUCGGACAAUUGGACCCUACUGAUUAAAUUUGCUCAACCGAGAGACGCCGGAAUCUAUGAAUGCCAAGUAAAUACCGAACCCAAAAUGAGUUUGGCAUUCCAGCUCAACGUCGUAGAGAUGAGGGCCUGGAUUUCCGGACCGCCGGAGCUGUACGUCAACGAGGACGGCGAGGUGAGCAUGCGGUGCGAGCUGAGCCAGGGCCCCCACGACCUGGGAACCAUAUUCUGGUACCUGGGUAACGUGCCCGUGUUCACGGACCAGGCAAGCCUGCAGUCGAUCCGGCAACCGCGGGUCAGCGUUCACACCGAAUGGGUGGACGGACUCAAGAGCACGCUGCACAUAGCCCGGGCCAAGCUCGCAGACUCCGGAAACUACACGUGCAUGCCCACGUUUGGACAAUCAGCUACCAUCAACGUGCACGUGGUCAACGGCGAACACCCUGCAGCCAUGCAGCACGGAAACCGGAGUGCGGUCAGCGGCCAGAUGACCGUCCACGUGCUAGCCCUGUUCAGCCUGGUCAUAAUGCUGUCCAAUCCGGUGCUGUUCGGACACUGAGGAAAGCAAACCGAGGAUGGCGGGGAUGCGAUGGCGGCGCCGCCGUCUCGUCCUGACCUCUCCUUCGACCACCCCCAGGCAUCCACAUACCCCCGCCAUCGCCGCCCUCCAGGCACGGUACGCCGCGAAAUCUUAUUUUUCUUCGUCAGCCCAGGGACGAGUAGGAAGACGACCGACCGAACAGACGCCGUCGGUGUUUUCUCUUCUCUUAUACAUAUUAUACUACAUACAUAAUAAUAUAUAUUAUAUUAUAACACUAUAAAAUACAUACCUAAACAUUCCACGCGUUUAUAAUACUACAUAUUAAAUCCGUCGUAUAUGGUGUUUUUGGAAAAAAAAAAAUUUUUUUUUAACUGUAAAAUUGUAAAACAAAGGAUCGCCCAAAAACGCGUCGCGCGUCAAUCGAACGAGCGCAUGACCGUUACCGGGGUUCAGAUGCGCGGGCGGGAGACCAGCUCGAGUCCGGACAAAUUAUCGUUAUGCGAGCGCGCGCGACGUCGAUUUUUUUUUCUCGACGAUUCGUCCCCAAGGGUUAGGUACUGCACAUAUAAUAUACAAUACAGAGACAAGUCUCGAUCGCGCGCCGUCGAGGGGGGGGUAAGGCGAACGUGCUUGCGUUUCGGCGUCCUUCGACGAUGCCCGCGACACGGAGUGCACAGCUGGCUCGUUCGGGAGUCGACUGAUCGUCGUUUAUUCACAGGUCUCGGAGAUUCGGAAUUUUGUCCGCGUAGACCUUUUUUUUUUAUUUGUCGCGCGAUAACAAUGCUAUACAUGUUACACCUAUCUAUUAUAAAUGCGACAUGCUCGCGGGACGUGCCGUUUAUCGAUUGUGCAAAGAAUGUUAUCACUACUACUAUUAUUAUUAUUAUUAUUAUUAUUAUUCGAUUUUUCUAAAUGUAUUUCUCUGUACUAUUGUGGCAAGGGGUCGAGUAUUUACCGGUAUCGGGAUGAAGGUAUAUCUAUAUAAUACAUAUUAUAUGUACCUACCCAGGUAUAUAAAAAAAAAUGUCUAUACGCACAAGUAAUAAUUCAUUGUUUCCUCUUCAUCCGUUUGAUUCGGAACGAAAAAAUAAACACAAUCACUCUCCCCUAUGUAUACACAUAUAUAUAUAUUAUAUACAUAAAAUAUUAUAUAUAUAUAUAUAUACGCACAUCACGUCACGUAUACAUACACAAACACACUAUAUACUGUCGGAUCGGAGGUCAAACAAUUUUUCAUAGUUUUUCGUGUUUCAUUUUUUAUUACCGUCGAACAAAGCGGAGGAAAAUAUAUUCCUUUUAUCGCACCCGCGUGAUUUCAACCUUAAAUGUCGUCCACGCACACACACAGUACCACCACCGCCGACGCCAUAUUUUUAUUAUUAUUAUUAUUGUUAUUAUUAUUAUUAUUAUUGUUAUUAUUAUUAUUAUUAUUAUUAUUAUUAUUAUUAUUAUUAUUAUUUUUAUUACGAAACGUUCAAUGAAAUUAUAAGACAUGCUAACCGUCGUCGGCGUGUGGUAAUGAGUUUGAACGCGUUUUGAGCAACAAAAAUACAAAAAAAAUCCCGAAAACCUCUCGCGGCGUAACCGUGUUCUCGGUUUAUCGCUAAACGUUAAUCGGCUUAGCGUGAACGCAUUCUCGCAAGUAUAUCCACACAAUAUCUCUACUACGCACCGUGGUUAAAUUACACCGUCAAUACGCAAUAUGCAGGUAAACGUAUAUAUUAGAAUAACCAUUUUUGCGAGAAAAAAAUUCUUCAAAAAAUAUUUUUAAUUUUUCUCUGCGGUUUACAGAGGAAAAACAUUUAAUAAUGCAUGGAGGCGCCUACGCCCCACGCCCCCAUCGUAACUCGAAAGUAAAACUUUUAAAAUUUUCAUUUUAAUAAUCAAAAAAGUUUCGUACCUACUUAACCCGACGAUAAUGAAUUUGUUAUGGGCGAUGUACUAAUUAUUAAACGACUAAAGUAUAAAAUCGAUAGACGUUAUCGGCAAUUCACUUUGUUAAAAGUAACAUACAGAGAAAAAAAUGUAUUAGAUAGUAAAUACAAUAUUAUUACUAAUGUAGAGAAGGAGACGAAGAUAAUCUUACGAAAAUCGAUUAAUCUAAUACCAAUGCUUAGGUAUAGCGUUCUCCACAGACUAAUCAAUCGUUUUAAGCACGAAGAAAAUAACAAUCGAUUGGGUUAAAAAAAAUACUCAAUUCAUAAAUAAAUUUAAUUUUCAAUCGUUUUUAUAUUAUACCGCACAAUAAUCUAAUUAAUCUACUUAAACGAGCAAGUAUUUUGCAGUUUUAACUGCACCCCUGUUCGAGUCUAUAUUCAUCCGCCAGCGAGUCCUCCGGGUGUGUAUACAAUGAAAAAACGUAAACGACGGAUUACUAUUUUAUACUACCCGAUGUACAAUUUAUUGAUAAUACCAACAGCUGAUGACAUUGAAGUUCAAAAAAUAUCGCAACGGUUAACACAGGUUAUAAUUAUCGUUAAUAACGCGGACCGACGACAUUAAAAUUUAAACCUCGUUACUAUACACCCUCUGCGAGGGUAGUUCGUAAAAUCGGACGCCACACUGCACCCGCACCGUGAGUUCAAUACCGUUAUACAUUUUAUACGUAUAGACUAUAUCGUAUACCUACUACUACUAAUACCACGGUUAUAGUAUAUAUAUACAUUGAUAUUGUAAAUACAUACACCUAUUAGUAGGCCGUUAAAAGCCCAUAAAUGUAUACAGGGUGAUUAUUUUAUUUUCGGUGAGGGCCAGGCGCCGUGUGCGAAUUCGUUUAUUACAUUGUUUUCAACUUUUAAGUGUAAACGUAUUUGAGUUACGAAAUAAUAAACACCGAGAACACUGCUGUGGUCGUUAAAAUAUAAAAGUGCUAAAAACGCACCCGGACAAGGUGUGGCCCCGGUUUGCGAUAAAAUCAAUAAUCACCCUGUACAUAUUAUAUACCCACCACGUGCACAGUAUACAUACUCUAUACAGUUUAUAUUAUAUUAUACACUCGACGUUACACGACAUAUAAUAAUAAUAAUAGGUAUAAUAUACGUUAAAAUUUAAUGAACCGAAAGAAUUCGAUUUACGGUCGCGACUUUAUACGGCAGGUACCAUACCCGGGGGUGCCCUACCUCCAUCCGGAAAGGUAUAUUAAGCCUGGCGCACACGUAACAUCUACGGCUAAAGUCAAUUACCCGAUUAGCGAACGGCGGCGCAUGUUUUCCACCGACGCAUGUACUUCAAUGAUGACGAUGAUGAUGAUGAUGACGAUGAUGAAGAUAGUCUAAUAAUAACAAUAUACGCGUGUAUUAUUGCUGUACCAGUUUGACUCACGAAAGCCGUUUUUUAGCGCCAAGUUCCGAAGACGUCACCGGAAAAGUAAAGCCAAACGUUUAAAACCCGUUUUCUACCAAACGCUAUCCUAAGCACAUACAAGUAUCGUUAGCAUAACAGUAUAAACGAUCCGACCAGAUGUUUAUUAUACAGGGUGUAUCACGAAGAUUUACAUGUUAAAUGUGUCAAAUAUACGUGAAAUGAGCCCUAUAUUAUACAACCCGCCGAUCUUAUUGUGCAGCUUCUUCUCGACGCUCAUCUGCCUCUCGCUCACCAUCGUAAUAAUAUUAUAUACUAGUUUUUUUUUUCCGGAUCCGAGGCUCUGCGGAAGCACCCGCCAGACCCAACCUUCCAGUAUUUCUUUAGGGGUGGUCAUGUUAGGUUCCUACAUUCCCACUGCAGACACGACUCAAUUUUUGGCUCGGUGUAGUAACUACACUGUAUACGACUCUGUAGCAGCAGCUCAUGUCAGACACCUGCAAUAAUGUUGAUGUCAUCAUCUCAUUCGAAGGGGUAAAAAUUAAAACACACUGCUGCAAGGAAUAUGAGCCACUGAAAUUCGUCAUGGCGCCUAAAGCCGUUGGAUAUUAGUUCCGCAGAAAUGCAGAAAUCGAUUUUCCAUUUCCAUACAUGAUAUUGGCGAACGCCGUUUAUAUAACUAUUAAGUAUUAUUUGUUACCGUAUUUCCAUAUUGUAACGCGUGUUCUUCUUUUCUUCUUCUUAUGUACGAGAAAAUUAUAAUAAAACAAAGGGACGCGCAAUUUCGAGAAAUGUUAAUUUCAACAACAAGAUAACGAUGACUGUCUCUCCACCUGUAAAAUAUACAGUCGCGCAAUAAGAAUAGUAAAUAAUAAAUAGUAUGUGUAUUAAUACAUUAUAUGAAAUAUUUUGAAAUUCUCCACUGAAAUUAAAUUUAAAUAUCUCAUAUCUCCCAGAUGCAUCCUGUAUGUGUACCAACAUACCUAUAUACGAAUAUACUGCGACGGUGAUAUGAAUAUUAUUAUAUUUUGUUUUAAACUGCCUUUUUCAUUUUUCUCCACUGCGAGGACUACUACUUCCGUAUUAGCGAAACGCACUUAUUUAUUGAAUUCUGCACGACAGAAAAUAAGAGAGCUUCAUAAAAAUAAUGUCACAUUUUACUCACCCCCCGCGCUACACAUCUCUAUAAUCCUCACCGUUCGGCGACUUUCACUCCGCCCUCUGGGGACCUCAGAAACGGACGUCAUUUCUUCUACCCCCGAGGCUAUUAGAAAAUAUGGAAUUCCCGCGGUCAUAAAUUCACAUAUCCUGCAAAUUGAAAAUACUACAGCGUCGUCGUCGUCGAGUGUUUUUAUAUAUAGGUAGUUACUUUAUACCUACUUUAUGUGUUCCCAAUAAGUUCGGUCGUACUUGAACUCGGCCUCAAAUCGUCACACGAAAACACCGUAUACACGAGUACAUAAGUGAGUCAAAGGCUUUACGACGAAAACGCCGCCGUCGCUGGUUUUAUAUCUUGUUUUUACGCGUUUUUCGUUUUUCCUACACAUACGUACACACACUUCGAUUACUUUGCAUAGAAACGGGAAAGUCGUCGCAGCAAUGAAAAAAAUUCCUACCAAACUAAACGCACGUGGCGAAAAACACGAGAAAACGAAUUCUGUUCCCCGUUCACCCGCGGUAAAAUAUAUGCAUAUUAUCUGCAAAACCGCGUAGGUACAUCUUAUACUAUAUCUUUAUAUAAUAUUGUACAAUUUGAAACAUAUAGACUGAGAUAAUCGAUUUUCUUCUACGUCACACACCACGUUAUAAUGUAUAAUAUUAUAUUUUGCAAACCGUUAAAAUAAUGCUGCUGCUGCUGUCGGACGCACACAAACCCUCUAACAGAGAAGGAGGUGCGCGAGUUGGUGGGAAAAAUGCCGUCUCGUUCCGGAUGAUGACAAUACUUUAAUAAUAUAUUAUAUACUACCCGAUAUUGUGCUGAUGGGGAAAAAAAGUUUCCGUCGGCGCGAACAACUAUUAUUACGGAGCGAUUACUAUUUUACCGCCACGCGCGUGUAGGGCGACAGCGACUGUAAAAUUCAAUACCGUACACACACACACACACACACACACACACACACACACACAUACACACACACACAUACAUACACACAUACACAUAGAAUAUUAUUAUCAAUAGGUGCGGUAUAACCCUAUACGCGAUUCCAGAGAACUCCUUCCUAUCACCGAUAUUUAGCCCGGGGUCCAAUACAGUACGGUCGUUAAGAACAAACUUCAAUCCAAAGAAAUGAAUCCAUUAAAAACGCGCACUUUUCAGAUAUUGUCUUAUUUCAACUAUUUCCCAUCAAUUGCAGCAGCCCUCGCACUCUGUUAAACCAAAGCAGUAAGCACCCGAUAUCCUUUACACAAACGGGUGUGUGUGUGUGUGUGUGUGUGUGUGUGUGUGUCGUCUUUAAAGCGACGCCUACUAUUCCGAGGUCAAUCGAAAUUACCGCCGAAAAAAAAAAUAGGACCAAAAACUCAUUCUGUUCGCGUUAUAUUACAUUCUUCGUAUAUACGCGUAUUUAUUUCAACGGCUAAUGGAAAGUGCGUAUAAUAUUCGAUUAUGUGCGACAUCGUUAGCGGGUUUUAUUUUUAAUAAAUUUUGUGGGGCUCGUAUAUGGAUAGGUACAAGUGUUGUACAACAGACAACGUCACUACUAUUAUAUGAUCAAAAGAAUCGACGAUCGCUGGCAAGUAUGACGAGUUAACGGUAUAUCUAGUUCGUGUGUGGAUCGAUGUCGUUUUUCUUCAGACAAUCAGUUUAAAUUAAUAAUAAAUAUUUUCGAUUACAGUUUGGUAUAAUAUAUUGAUUUAGUAGGUAUUAUAAUAUUGUAUAAUAAUAAUAAAUACUUCGGUCUUGGGUGGAAUAACAAUGUCAUAUACUUUUUGUGCAUAAUUCGAAAAUAUUAUUCUGGAUUACCUUUUGUCGUGAUCGUUCGGCGUAUCGUACAUUAAUUGAGGAAUGCGAGAGAAUAAGAAUAAGUUUUCCAUUGUUUUUUGACAUAUCAUAAUGAUCACGCACCCACGCGCAAUAAAUCUGUAAGUAUACCUACAUACAAUAUUAUAAACACAUAAAUUCGAACAAACCUCAAUAUCAAUAUAAUAAUUGUAUACAGUGAGAGGGAUCGGCUAUUGAGUCGUCAUCGGUGAUUGAUCGCCAUUGGUCACCUGCGGUGUACACAGUACGGAACGAAAAUCGACUGCCCCGACGACCCCUUCCCGUUUAGCCGCCGAAAAAUAAUAUGUCACCCUUUCCCGGACCGCGUCUCCUUAACGAACGGCGGAUGUGCACGUCUUAAUGCGCACAAAUGCGCCUGUCGGUAAAGCUGUAGUUUCACCGACGGUAAAUCCUUUAGGCUCGGCGGAAAACCUUUCCGGCACUGCAGUCUCGCGAGACUUUAUUCUUUUCUUUUGAAAUGUCCAUAAUGCGCGCAUGCCACGCACGAAACGAGAUCCCGUACAACCGUCAGAACCUCGAGAGGGGGGGGGGGGGAGCUUAUAUAAUGACUCUUGAGGGACGUCUGUGACGAUUUGACACGUCUGACUGCAGGCACCGCUGAAAAUCCGGAAAAACCGAUAAAUGCAGCCGGACGAAUAUUCUGUGCGUACCGAAGAAUGACCCUGCAGUACGCGCGUGAAAAAGGUCGCAACGACUUCACGAAUUAAUCAACGUUACGGACCGACGGUAACCCCGGACGAACGAAAAGAAAGCAAACAAUCGAUUUCGCGGCCGGUCCGGGGACGACAAAAUGUGUACGCGUGUACGACUUCGCCGCCGAGUUCAAAUGCCGUCCCGUGCGCUUUACGCGCGCGAUUAGUCUUCGUUUUGUCUUUCGAAGUCGAGAUUUGCCGCCGCCUCCGCCACCGAGACGACGACGCGCAGUGGGUAUUAUAUAAAUUAUAUAAUAUAUGGCCACGGGGCAGUAUAUGGAUCGUGCGAACACGACGAAAAAAAAAAUUGAAAUACAAUUCCAGAGCUGUCCGACACGCGUCCGCGGAGAAAACUUUCCGUGACACGAAACGUCGAUAGUGCACAAAAGCGUAAAAGCGACUUUUUCAUUCGCCAGAUUUUUAUUAAUGUUUUCUUAGUGCGGUUCGAUAAAGUCAUAUAUAUAUAAGGCUUACUUCGUUUUUUAUUAUUUUUAUUGUUUGUCUUUUUUCAAAAUUUUUUUGUACUUUUGGACGUUUUCCUUUACUCGCCCAAUCAUCUUCCAGACUACGUUCGUAUUCAUAAAAAUAUAUUUUUUUUAUUUUCGCCGUCUCCUUGUCUCGCACAGUCGUCACCGCCGCUGUCAUAUGGUCGGACCUAUAUCGGUUGACUUGCUUGGUAAACGCCAUCCGACGCUGCGGUUGCAGAGCAGUCUGUUGACUUUCCGAUUUUCCGUUCGCCAACCUUGGUAUUUAGGUAGUGACUUUUACGACGUCCUUUAAAAGACAGUAAAAAAAAAUUGAUUCUUGAUAUAUAAAUAGGACACUCAAUAUAAUAAACAACCAUCAACCAAUUUUCAAAUCGUAGUUAAUGGGAAAAACUAUACACGACACAAGUCUAAAAAUCAAAUCGGCAGAGUGGUCGCACACUUCUAAUUUACCUCCAAUGUCCCCGAUGGACUGUGGUUGAGAAAAGUUAAAUGUGUUCCAUUCUAAAAUAUUUCUAUUGCCCUUAUUGGCUUAUUCCUUUUAGUCUUAUAAUAUGUCUGUCAGUGAAACUACUAUUGAGUGUUUUUAUUUUAUUUUUUAUUACAAUCAAAUUGUCAGUUUCAUAAUCGAAAGCAGAAUACUAUUAUACAAAAUAUUGAAUAAUGAACGAGUAUACAUUUUUGAAAUAAUUAGUAGAUAUAGGCAGUGGCGUGGCGAACGGUAAUUUCAGAGGCAAUUGCCUGAGAUUUGUCUUAAAUAGUAGGGUGGGUGGUAGCCGGUGGGUCCCCUAGUAAAUGUAAUGUGAUAUACUCAAUAGGUAGUCAAUAACGAUCUGAAAUAUAAUUAGUUAUAUUAUAUUAACACAUUAUUAUGCAUUAAUACUUGGGAUAUUUGUAACUUGUCUUUGGAAAAUUUUUAGUUCACCACGCCACUGGAUAUAGGUAUUUAAAGUCUCGAUAAACGGAGUAAUACAAAUAGUAAUGCAAACUUUAUAUGCUUAUUAGUUAUUAGUUAUAAUUGUAUGAACAAUAAUAAAAAAAAAAAUUAUCAUAGUUUUUAAAAUAAUAUUCUGCUUCAGAUUUCCCCAGACAAACGUGAGGAUAAAAAGGACAAGUGCAAUGUAGUAUUAACUAUGCCUAUUGUGUUUUAUACUUUUAUAAAGUAUACCAAAAAAAUUAAUUCAAAAAAAGUUGAUAAAUUUCAAAAAAUAAGUCUCCGUUGUUUGAAAAAUAUCACACUCCACAUCGAACCCUAUCCAAACGUAUAAUAUUUGUCUGCAGUAUUCCUACGAUUUGUAAUAGCAGAAAUCUAGACCGAAUAUUAAAGACUAGAAAAAUAAAAACUCAAUACCCAAAACGAUACCCCCCCCCCCCCCCCAUGCUGUCUUCUAUUAAACCUAUUAAAUCUGUUGUCUUUUUUUUUGUAAACUCAAAAUGAUCGAACCGCAAAAAAUCUUUUACAUUCAACACAAAAAUAAUUUUUAAAACCAAUCGAUAGGAUUUGAUCUAUUUUUUUUCUUUGUUGGUGGUGGAGGGCAAACUAUAUGAAUUCCUCGUAUAGUCACGUCCGUUUCCUAUUUGUAUCGACGUGCGUAGUAGAGAAAAAUUUGAUGAGCCGGGACGGGUGAUGAGACCACCAAGUGACGCUCGAUAAUGCAAUAUACCUAUACGAACAGCCGCCACUGCAUAGUAGUAAAUACAUCAAAUAAUAAUAAUAAUAAUAAUAAUAUUAAUUAGUAUUGAUACGUCGAGAAAUUUAACUGUACUGUCGGGUUACAGAGUUAUAUUUUGCUUCCUAACCAAUAAUACCGCGAGCGUUUAUUAUUUGUCAUACAAUACGAACGCAAAAAAAAAGCAGUGACCCGCCGCAGAAUAUUAUUUAUACGAAGUCCCGUAUAGUUUGUAUACUACAUCAACAACAAUAUCGUUAAACAGUUGUAUUGUAUAAAUAAAUGAAUAUAUAUAUAUAUAUUAUAAUAAUAAUUAUUAUUAUUAUUAUUAUUAUCUUAUUACAACAUAUUAUAUUACCUACAUUAUAAUAAUAUGUUGUGCAUACAAAAAAUGUUUAAUAUUUAGAACAUUAUUAAUAACUGUACGUUGAAAAAACAUAUUUUCUUUGUAACCUAUCAUAUUAUGACUUACCUACCAAUAGUUUCACGGACGAUCGCGAUCCUUUUUAUACGACCGCAAAAUAUCAUAUAAAAUUAUGAAUGUCUAUUACCUUUAUAUCGCUGUCGUGUUGUCUUAACGCCGCGGCGUUUAUAAGAACUGGUUUUUUUCCUCCGAUUCGACAUUUCCCCUAAGCCGUGCAUAUUGUAUUAUUUGUGUUACGCAUUGCGGUGCAUAAGUUAAAUAAAUAAAUCAUUAUUGCUCUUGACCUAAUGACCGGCGAGAUUUUAAAUUUCGUACACCAAAAGUAGCACUACGCCUCCAACCCCGGAAGGGCUGCAUGACGGCAUGCUAGUAUAUAGCCCGAAAGAUUUGUUUAAUUCGAUCGGAAAUCGAGAGAAAUAUCGCCUUUUUGGAAAACGGCUUUCAGCCGAACAUUGCCUGCGAUGAGCCGAGUACCUGCAGGACGUGGCGAUGACACCACAUGACUUCACACUCGCCCCCCAAAACGUUUUCGCGACGAACCCCUCAAACGCCGUGAAUCAGAUAACCGUAGCGUUACAUCAAGUCCGAACUGCACUACGAUACAUGCGCGUAAAUCGCACCCUUGGUACAAGACCGCCACAACUCAAAAUUACGAUGUUUUUUUUUUUUUUUAAAGGAAAAGGCUUCAACAACUAAGGUUAUUAGCCUGAUACGAUGUUUUGAGUAAAGCAUACAGUUCGAUAGCUAUUAUUUUUCUCUACUAAAUGCUAUACUGCCACAAGUCGUAGCACAAUAUUAACGUAUCCGUAAUACAUUUGUGUCAGUGUUGAAUUUACUCAUUUUUGCAGUAAAAGAAAAAUAAUACCGCCAUAUUUUGACUUAUUGCCUUGUUACGUAUUUGUAUGUUUGUUUUAUUAGAAACAUGAAAAAUCAUAUCUGCCUCAUUUUGAUUUGAGGCGUUUUAACUUAAUAAUUCUCAACUGGAUUUCUACCUUUGAAAAAAUGAAGACUGCCCCAUUUCAUUUUGUGGCGCAUAAAAUAUUUGGUUUGAAAUGGAAUACCGACACAAAACUAAAUGUGACAGUUUUUUAUUUACCGAUUCCUAUUUCUAAACUGCCAUAACCUAAUUUACCUGUGUCUGAUUGAGGUUUAACGAAGUAGAUCAAUAAAUAAAUAUUAAGUUUCAGGUAACAUGGAUAUAAUUGGAAAGUAUUAAAACUCAAGUUUUAAAAGUAACGAUUUGGGAGCAGAUUACAAUUUAAAAUUUAAUUUUCUCAAAACUAUGUUUUUCGAGUUGUGGCGGUCUUGUACCAAGGAUGCGAAAUAUACAUGCCUACCUAUCACGCUGUGGUAGUGUACAUAAUAUAUGUAUUAUAUUACAGCCAUACCGACCGACCGACCGCAUUUAAUUCUCUAUCAGAUUUCCGUUUAUUUCCCCCCCCCCCCUCGCUCUCUUUCGACGAUAAAUUCGAUUUCCUCCCGGCCGCCGUCGCGUUUUCCACAAUACAGUUAAACGCGCGUGGUACAAUCUACCCCUCUCCCCCCCACGAGCACGCGCGCCGCACAACGUUUCGCCGGCCAGACCGUUUGUUUUUUGUUUUCCUUCGACGGUUUGCCGUCUCCGAAACGACCAGAAAAACGCGAAAAGUUUCGAUCAUAACUCAAAAAAUAAUACAUUUCCCUAGGACAUCGUCGCGUUCCUCCGUUCUGCAUUUCGAACGUUUUAUUUCAUUCCGUUUCGUUUGUACGUAACGGCGACAUAAUAUUAUACGUAUAAUACAUCUAUAUAUAUAUACACACACACCUACAUAUUAUAUUCUUCAUCAUUCCGUUCAGGCGUUUUUAUUUCUCUCGUGUAUUAUUAUAUAUAUACAAGUAUUAUGUACGUGUAACGGUUAUAAACGAAAUCGAUUUUGUUCGUACACACCGACCAGCGUAUUAUAAUACGCGUGUUCAUUAUACCCGUCUCAUUUUACAUAUUAUAAUAGAAUAACGCACAUUUAACUAACGUAAUAAUUCUGUUUGAAAUGGUUUCCAUUUAUGAUUAAGGUAUUUUCGCGGAUUUGACUCGUCGUCAAACAACUGUAUAUACGAUAACCGUCGCCGGUCCGUUGUCUAUCGUAGAAACGUUCAGAUUUGUAAUCAAUAUUAAUAAUAAUUAUUAUAUUAUAUUUAAAUACCCACGCAUGUCGUAAUGUGGUUAUACAUAUUGUUGUUUUUUUAACUAUUAUUAUUAUUAUUAUUAUUAUUAUUAUUAUCAUCAUCACCUGUUAGUGAAAUAUAAUAGGUAUUGUGUUAAAUUUUUUUCCCGGCGUUUUAUAUAUUAUAUAGUAUAUUAUAUAAGAUAUAAAAUUGUUAUUAUUGUUAAUAUGUACAUAUACAUAGAUUUAAAAUAUUAA